UCGGCCAUUAAUGAAAGACGGUUGAAAUUUUAGGAAAUGCAAGUGGAUAUGGAGCCCUUCCCAAUGAAUGUGAUCGACUUCGAAGGCAAAAAAUUCCUGAUUCGGCCCAGCACAGCCGAUAAGGGCAAAGGCAAAUAAGUCAUCAUCGGCGACGCACGAAAAGUCGUUGAAAAUAAUAAAAUCUCCUGCAGGAAAGUGGUGGCGGAAAAGACUCCUAAUGGAGGGGAGACUUUGAAAGUUACCAUCACCACCUCCAACGAUAGGGACACGCGCAAGCAAGGGACCAGGCGUGUGCACCUAUUUUGCGCAUCGCGGACGGUCCGACACAUAGACGCGGAUGGUCCGGCACACCGCCGGAAACUCCAGACCAUUCCAGUGGACGGUUCGGCAACGCCCAAGAACCACGACGACCACGUAUCUUCAAACCGCGACGACCAGAAAUAGGUACGUGGAAAACUAACAUGGUAAAGGCAGCUGGCCGAUUGGUAAGAUUUGGCCCGACCUUUAACCAAUUAUUGUCUAAAUAUGUAAAAAAGAAGGUUGGCCCAAAUGACCGGCCAGCAAAGCGACCUCGCUCACCCACUCAAGAGCGACAGCAGGUUAGACCGAUUGGACCACCUCACCAAUCGGAAAGAAUGACGGGUCAUAAUGUCCAAUUACGACCCAACAUACCUGCAUGGACACCUCCACCCCCAUAUCCACCUGUGCCAUAUCAGUAUACAUACAUGCCACCGCCAUAUGUCCCGAAUCAAAUGUGGGGUAUGCCACCAUAUCCAUUUGGGAUGCCACAGUACCCCGCUUGGGGGGCACCCUAUGGUGGACAGAUAUCCCCCGGGUCCACUAGAAGGUAAGAAGGCCUCGCGAGAGGCUUUAGGCCUCGCUAGACCAUCUCUUCGUGGGCCAGGAGAAAACUGCUGGCGGAAUGGGCCGACACGAGAAAGAAGCAGACUUAGGCCCAAGCGACUCGCGGGACUUAAGCGCUAUCCACAGCGCCCACCCGACUUUCCCACGUGCGGCGACCUUGAAUGUCAGAGCGAAUUAGGGAUAAGUUGGCAAGAUUAUAGGAAGAUCAGUUCAGUCGGUUCACUAUUGUUUAGGAACAUACCAUCAUCACAUACGCACGUAGUGCCCCACGGUUGAAUAUAUAAGGCCUAGGGGGUACCCCAUCAUUUCCAGGUCAAUCACCAACCCAUCUCACUAGUUUCUCUCCAUUCCGGAGAUUCCUCUUGUAACCCACCACAUAAAGAUCCUCACCAGGAAGUAGGGUAUUACGCCUCUCCAAGCGGCCCGAACCUGUAGAAAGUCGCCUGUCGUCUCUCGUGCAUCUCGCAAGAACCAUUGAGUUACAGUUAACAACACUGUCCUACCCAAACGCACCGCGAGGGGUAACCCUGGGUGUGCGGUUGGGCUCCAAACACCGACAGCUGGCACGUCAGGUAGGGGGUGUGUCGUUGAUCCAAGCUAGCUCAAUGGCCGUUACCUCCCAGUGCAAGAUCGCUCUUCGCCCUGGAUCCGUAUUCUGCUUCGGGACUAUCUUAUCCGUGGCAGAUGAGAAGGGAAUUCUGCACCGCAUAGCAGAUCCACCGGAGAAGAAACUUUUCUUGGAAAUCCCCAGGAAAGCCGGAACAAGACAACGGACAGCGCAACCUCGUGCGCCCCAGACGAAGACUACUUUUUGCAAGCCGAGAACUGGGAAUUUACUUGCCCGAAGAACUCCGCUGCCCACUUCGCCCACAAAGAAGUGGACGCGGAUUACAAGGAAGAGAGAAGCAAAUGUCCCUAAAAAAGGAACGGAGCUCCGUCGAGCUAUCUUUCCGGCACCUUCGCCCUCAAAGAAGGACGAAAAGGAACUCGCCACCACAGUAACUCCUUUCUACCCCGACGUCCUCUUUAUUAGGGGAAGAUUGGAAUCAUCUCCCAUCUCCGACGACGAGCCAACCGUCCCAGGGGAAGAACCUCCCCAGCGAGAAGCUCGACGACGAAGGAACAUACGCCGGAAUAUUCGGCGACAUCACGAAGCUGGUGAGCGGGACCCAGCGCAGCCCGUAUCUCGGGAUGAAGUCUCGGAAGUGGGGGAAACUCCCGACGAGCGGGUAUUUAGAGAAAGGAAGAAUUCUCGCCGACGUGACCGCCGGCAAGCUCAAGACCGAGAUCGAGAACAAGCUGAACAAGGCGCAAGGUUACGCCGAGAGAACCCUCUCUUCGCUCGAAACCUGAACCCUGACUUUGCUCGCGCAAUGAACACGCCGAGCGAAGUCAGAGGAGUGCUGGCUCAGAUAGCUGAUGGCCUCCUGCAGACUCCGGAUGCUGAAGGCUAUCGGCGGCUGCUUACUCGGGCAGCUAAUCAUCUUCUACCCAUCGCUCAUCCCCCGAGCGACCUGCGACACACCAUCAAGAGACGUGCGGAGCUCCAUCAAUGCUUCGCGCGACCGACGACACGAAAACGAGAUAAGGCGCCAGGAGGAGAAUGAUCGGGACCAUGGUGUUCUGGCUCGAAGUCACGCCACCCUAGUUGAGUCGGCUACAACCUCAACCAGUGGCCCGAUCCGGGGACGGUCGAGACGACACAUCACCGACUCCCCUCCCCGGGACCGACACCAUGAACGUCGACAGGAAGACACAUGUGGAGUAUCCGCGCUUACUCCCCGUCUCAGGGCCAUCCACCCCAAACUUCAAGGUCUCCAACGUCGACAAGUACAAGCCUAAGCAGGACCCGGGAGACUGGUUGGCCGUCUAUACGACCACUGCCCGGGCUGCUGGGGCAACCGAAGACGUGAUGACCGCAUAUUUGCCCAUCGUCCUCGAGCAAGAUGCAUUGCAGUGGCUACGACAUCUGCCACGACACUGCAUCGACGAUUGGAGUGACUUCAGUCGGUGUUUCAUCGCCAACUUCUAGUCCCCCUCCGACAAGCCGGCGCAGCCAUGAGACCUCAAAUCCAUCAGGCGCCGGGGCGAUGAAACACUUCGGUCGUACCUCAAAAGGUUUCAGACCAUGAGAAAUCGUAUCCUCGAGGUCACUGAGGCAACAAUGAUUGAGGACUUCUACCGGGGAUCUAAUGACUCAGCCUUCGUCCGAGCCAUACUGCAGAAAGCGCUGACCACCUCCGAACAUCUGUUUCGAGAUGCGGACCUCUACAUCACCGCUGACGAGCGGGCCUAGGACCUCAUCGGAGGAACGAAACCUGCACCACCGGCACCCGGCGCGACGCGAACCAGCAACCUGACAGACGUUGGGAGAAGAGGCCUCGUGAGGAGGUUCACGCCGCCGGACCACCCGUCGCUCGUGCCCGAGGGGCGCCUCGUGGAGGCGAGCGAACACUGGACGACAUCCUCGACGCCCAGUGCCCGUACCACAAGGACAUGUGCCACACCUUACGGAACUGCAGGGACUUCAAGCACUCCGUUGGGAAUGGCCGACCGUUCCAGCCUCUACCACCUCCCCCACCACAAGGAGGGCCUGGUGAGCCCAGGUAGCCUCAGCAACCAGAAGGGGAGGGGGUGGAGCAUUCCCACGCAUUGACAGAGAGGUUAACGUCAUUUUCGGAGGCCACGGAUCGCAAGAGAACAGAAGGCAACAAAAGCUCAAUGACCGGCAGGUCCUGGUGGCAACCAUUAGUGCCCCAGCUCCUUAUCGGUGGUCAGAGCACGCGAUAACCUUCAGCCGGGCAAAUCAGUGGCUCAACUUCGACCACCCCGGCAAGUACCCGCUCCUCGUCGAUCCGGUGAUCCGUGAGAACAGGGUAAAGAAAGUACUAGUGGACGGGGGAAGUAGCAUUAACGUUACCUUCCCCCGGACACUCCUAACCUUGGGGGUUGCACUCAAAGACCUCAUCGAGUCAGAUACCCCCUUCUUCGUCAUCGUGCCGACCGAGGGAGAUUAUCCACUCGGACACAUCUACAUGUCCGUCACCUUUCGGACUCCGGAGAACUUCAGAACUGAGUUCCUGAGGUUCGAGGUGGCACGUUUCGACUGCGGAUACAACGCCAUCAUCGGCAGGCCGGGACUGGCGAAAUUCAUGGCCAUUCCGCACUACUCGUACAUGAUAUUAAAGAUGCCGAGACCACAAGGAAUCAUCACCGUGCGUGCUGACUUCCAAUGCGCCACGAAAUGCUUUCGGGGAGCCAUCCAGACAGCCCUCACUGCUGGACCAUCGACGACUUCCUCCACGCAGGCGGACACAAAGCCUGAGGAAGACCUCACAAUACCCGCAAACGAAGAUCAAGCCGUGACCUCCAUACGGCCGAUUGAGGAGACUAAAAAAAUCAACCUAGGAUUCUCCGAUGAGCGUAAGACUGCCAUCAUCAGUUCCAGCCUUGACGACAAAUAGGAAAGUGUGCUCGUUCGGUUCCUGCAAGACAACCGAGACGUAUUCGCAUGGCAACCAACGGAUAUGCCGGGAGUCCCGAGAGAACUAGCCGAGCACAAAUUGAAGGUCUAUCCUGAAGCAAUGCCGAUUCAACAGAAACUGCGUCGUUUCACGCCUGUCAAGAGAGAAGCUAUUCGCGCCGAGUUAGCUCGCUUAGUGGCUGCAGGAUUCAUUAGAGAAGUGCUGGAUCCUGAGUGGCUAGCAAAUCCUAUUCUUGUACUCAAAAAGAAUAAAGUGGAUUGACGCAUGUGCGUCGACUAUACUGAUCUCAACAAGCAUUGUCCGAAGGAGCCCUUCGAGCUCCCUAGAAUAGAUCAGGUGGUUGAUUCAACCGCUGGCUGUUCUAUGUUGUCCUUCCUAGACUGUUAUUCUGGAUAUCAUCAGAUCAGCAUGGCAAAAGAUGAGGAGAAAACAACAUUCAUCACCCCAUUUGGAGCUUUCUGCUAUACCUCCAUGCCGUUCGGCCUUAAGAACGUAGGAGCGACCUACCAGAGAGCCAUUCAAACAUGCUUAGCCGACCACUGGAGCAAGCGAGUGGAAACCUAUGUUGAUGAUGUGGUGAUCAAAACAAAAAACUCAGAAAACUUCAUUGAAGAUUUGCAGCUGGUCUUCAACAGCUUGAGGCGAUACCUGUGGAAGCUCAAUCCAGAAAAGUGUGUUUUCGGAGUAUCGGCAGGGAAGUUACUCGGAUUCAUUGUCAGUCACCGAGAAAUUGAAGCUAACCUAGAAAAAAUCGAGGCCAUCAUGAGAAUGGAAGCGCCACGAUCACAGAAAAAGGUACAUAGGCUUACUGGAUGCAUGGCAGCCCUGAGCAGGUUGAUAUCAAGGCUAGGGGAGAAAUGCAUGCCAUUCUAUAAAUUGCUCAAAAAGGUGGACAAGUUUCAGUGGACCACAGAGGCACAUGAAGCUCUAGAGGCACUGAAAAAGUUCCUGACUACACCAGUACUCAAGCCACCACGCCGAAUCAGCCAGCAGAAGAUCUGUUGUUAUACAUCUCCUGCACAACUCACGUGGUGAGCACCGCGUUAGUAGUCGAGCGGGUGGAGGAAGGACAUACAUACCCGGUGCAGCAUCUGGUCUACUUCAUCAGCGAAGUUCUCGGGCCCUUAAAAAAUGAAGUAUCCCCAAGUCCAGAAACUGCUAUACGUGGUACUUCUAACCGCUCGCAAGCUCCGUCACUACUUUGACGACCACAAAGUCAUAGUAGGAUUUCCAAUAGGGGACAUUCUUCACAACAAAGAAGCUAUCGGAAGGAUAGCCAAGUGGGCGUGCGAGCUGGGAGCUCACGACAUAGAGUUCCGGCCCCGCACGGCUAUCAAGACUCAGGCACUGGUUGACUUCGUAUCUGAGUGUACUGAACACCAGGUCCUAGACAACCUGGAGACUACCGAAGUAUGGAGAAUGUACUUUGAUGACUCGCUGAAGUUGCAAGGAGCAGGUGCAAGGAUUCUCUUUAUUGCUCCUGGAGGUGAACAACUCAAGUAUGCACUCCAACUAUUGUUUCCGGCAUCAAAUAAUGCAGCAGAAUAUGAAGCACUGAUCCACGGAUUAAACAUCGCCGUAUCACUCAGCAUCAAGAAGCUGAUGGUAUAUGGAGAUUCGCUAGUGGUCAUAAGCCAGAUUAACAAAGAUUGUGAUUGCUCGACUGAUUCCAUGAGUAAGUACCGUGCAGCCGUCCGAAAAUCGGAGUACAAGUUCGAAGGAUUGGAGUUCCAUCACGUGGAAAGAGACCGCAACGCAACAGCAGACGCGUUGUCAAAGCUAUGAUCCAGUCGGGCCCAGGCUCCACCCGGGAUCUUCGUACAAAAAAUAUCACAACCAAGUAUCCUCUCAUUGAGCCAACCUGAGUCGGACCCCAAUGACUGGAGAGAGCCUAUCAUCAGGUACAUAGAAAAUGAAGAAGAACCGGAUGACAAGGCGGCAGCGGAACGCAUCGCAAGGCAAUCAGCCCACUACACCCUCAUAGGGGGCAUACUGUACAGAAGAGGUGCGACAGGAGUCCUCAUGAAGUGCAUUCACUCGGCUAUUGGGAAGCAACUGUUAGACGAAAUCCAUGUCGGGCAGUGCGAAGCACAUGCAGCGUCCAGAACUCUGGUCGGGAAGGCUUUCAGAUUUGGUUUCUAUUGGCCAACAACGAAGAGUGAUGCUGCUGAGUUAGUCCAUAGAUGUGAAGCUUGACAAUUCUUAUCAAAGAAACAACAUUUAUCCGCACAGCAGCUACAGACCAUUCCUGUAACAUGGCCAUUUGCAUACUGAGGCUGGACAUGAUAUGACCUUUCAAGAAAGCUCAGUGAGGCUAUACUCACGUACUGGUUGCCAUUGACAAAUUCACGUACUGGUUGCCAUUGACAAGUUCAUGUACUGCUUGUCUUAUAGACUUUUGUAAGAGCAUUUCUUGUAAGAAAAAAAAUCAUGUAGCUCGUUGUUUUAUCGUUAUUUAUGUCUCAAUAGCUCCUUCUGAUAUCUUGUAAAUAUCUGAUGAGUGCAUUGUUUUCCGUUAAGUUCCAAUGGUAAAAGGUCAUCCAAUAUUUAACUUAUAACUAUCUUUUGAAGUUACUCCAUUCUAAAUUAUAAGCGGUUUUAGCUCAAGAGACAUAGUAUAUCUAGGUGUAUAGAAAAAACUAUGUACCUAGAAAACCAAGAGGACUUAUAAUUCAGAGUACAAUUUACAAUAGCAUACAUGGCAAGCUUAUAUGAAAAGCAAAAUUAAAAUCAACAUUCUUCUUAAUACAUAAACAAUCGCAUCUAGCAGCUUAAAGUUUAGCUGUUAGGUCUUGCAAUUCAACCAACGAUAUCCAUUUCUUAUCACUCGGUUUAGUUAUCCUCACUGUAUUUAAAGUCUUAUGGCACUUUCAGUGUUCUUUAUUAAAUCAUCUGGUUUACUGACUCUGAGUUAUCCUGAAGUUUGGACAAAAAUCUCACCCUACACUUGGUGUUUCUGAUUUGUCCCUUUGCACACUUAGCUCAAGAUUGAUCGGAAGAUUCUCUGUAUUCCGAGUACUGUGUCUAACAGUAGUACUUGUUUGCUCAUUAUUUACUCCUUGUCCAUACACCUGAAAAUGAAAAAGAAACGAUGUUUUGUGAUUCACAUACACUAGACAUGUGGAAUAAAACAAAACAAAAUUAAAGAUGAGUUCUACUAAUUGCAUCCUAUUUCGUCUAACUAUUUCUAGAUGCAUGUACCUUUCUCCGUAAUUCAGUGUUAUGUUGAUGAAGAAGGUUAACUUUGUUGUAUAGUUCCAUGCUUUCCUGGUGCAUGAGGCUUCCCUAUAAUUCAAACAAGAAGUUUUUGUAGUGAAGCGAGACCGUAAAAUAUGUUAUUAAUUGUGAAUAAGUCGUGUAGACAAACCUUCCUGUUUAAUUCUUGAAUCUGAUAAAAAAUAAGUUGGUCCUGCAAAUUGGCAGUUAUUAAACAAAGUAGCAACUGGUAUCUAUAUAUGUUGUUAAAUAUGUGAUGGAGUCUGAAGAAUCUGCAAUGAAACCUUUUUCAGACGAAUAUUUCUUAGGCUCGUCUCCAGCUUAUUCUCUAAAUUCUGCAAAUCUCCCACGUUCAGGCCAGAAAGCUGCUGACCCAACAACUGCCUGCAGUGGAAAAUUGCAUAGAACAUUAGCUUAUGCAUUUCUGAGAAUGCAAAUGUUAUUGUACAAUGUACAAACCAAUUUCACAUGUAAGAGAGAACAUUAAAAUAAAGUACCAUUUUUUGUAGCCAUCAAGUGUACAGUUGAAUUAAUCAACGAAUAACAUAACUUCCUUUGUGUGUGGAGUAAGGACACACUCUUAAUCAAAUAGAAUAAUAAUGAAGCAGAUCGUUGCUUAUUGCUGUUUCUGAAAGUUUUAGACUCAUACUGUAUAAGGUUUAACUUUGAUUUGGAGACUUCAAAUUUCCUGUGCGUAAACAUUAAUGGAUAUACACCAGAACAUAUAACCAAAUGCAUCUUGCAUUUCAUCAUCAUGUGCUGAGAAUUUGUUCUGAAUUCUUUUUUAUAUUUAUAUAUUUAGGACCUUGUUCCCUUUGAUUCUAUCUCUGAGCAUGAAAAAAUAAUUGCAGUAGACACAUCCUUUUUCUCGUAAUGAUUUGAAAUAUUUAUUGUACGUUAGUUGAGGGUCAUACCGAUGGUGCUCUUCUAAGUUAUGCAGUUGCUGCCUCAAGCUUUCUGCCUCGCUUUGCCAGAGCUAGUUUGGCUACUGACGAGGGCGAGGAGGAUCAUGAUUUGGAUGUCUCGUUGGUGAAAAAUCGGAGCUGUCUCGAGGCUUGGCAACAAAUGCGCAUCGCGGUCUUCCUCCUAUUUGUAGUCGUCGUCGAGUUUCCUUUGAUCUUGUGAUGCCCGUCUUAGAGAGUUGGAGUUGCUCGUCUGUUGUGUUGAGCUCGGCAACGAUGACUCAGCAUGAGUAUUGUGUGUGGGGUUGCUGUUAUCUGAGUUGGCACCCUGUGUAGGUUUUAGAACUGGUUUUCCUUAAAACUGGAUCAAUUUCUUUAUUCUUAAUUAAGAGAUUGUCAUUACGUUUUUUUAAAAAAGAACCACCUUCCCGUCCACGUUGUGGUUGAGAUGAUCA